AUGGCCCCCAAACCUCCUCCAGGCACAUCUGCCAGAGCGUGGGAUGCAGUGACGCCUCCUCUGUCGGAAUGGGUGCUCGAUGCUGUCUCCUCUAUGGGUUUCACGCGCAUGACCCCCGUGCAGGCAUCGGCCAUUCCUCUUUUCAUGGCGCAUAAGGAUGUCGUGGUCGAGGCAGUCACUGGCAGUGGGAAGACGUUGUCCUUCUUAAUUCCAGUCGUUGAGAAGCUUUUGCGCCUGGAAGAACCUCUCAAGAAGCACCAUGUCGGCGCAAUCAUUAUCUCUCCCACCCGAGAACUCGCCACUCAGAUCUACAAUGUCCUGACCUCUUUGCUUGCCUUCCAUCCUCCAUCUGCCUCAGUGCUCAAUCCCGCCGAAGACGCCGAUGCGCCUCCUCCUAAACACCUCUCCUCCGCCCUCAAGGUUGUCCCGCAGCUUCUCCUGGGUGGUUCAACGACGCCCGCGGAGGAUUUGAGCACCUUCUUGAAACGGUCCCCGAAUGUAUUGGUGUCGACUCCAGGGCGGUUGCUGGAAUUACUCUCUUCUCCCCACGUACAUUGCCCUCAGUCCUCAUUUGAAAUGCUUGUUAUGGACGAGGCCGACAGAUUGUUGGAUCUGGGUUUCAAGGACACACUUCAGAACAUUCUGCGCCGACUUCCCAAGCAACGACGCACUGGUCUAUUCAGUGCCAGUAUCAGUGAGGCUGUCGACCAGAUCGUCCGCGUCGGUCUGCGCAAUCCGGUCAAGGUCAUGGUCAAAGUCAAGGGCACCUCAGGAGCCCAGGACAAACGGACACCGGCCAGUCUUCAAAUGACCUAUCUUACCACCCCUCCCGCACACAAAUUCGCUGUCUUACCUGCCCUCCUCCGCUCCAUUGAACCCACUCCUCAGAAAACCAUCUUCUUCGUCUCCACCUGCUCCGGAGUCGAUUAUCUCGCGGGCAUCCUGCCACUAGUCCUCGGCGAUGACUUCCAACUAAUUCCUCUCCACGGCAAACACCAAGCCAACGUCCGUGAAAAGAACUUCAACCGCUUUCUCAACUGCCACACGCCCGCCAUUCUACUCACCACCGAUGUUGCAUCCCGGGGACUGGACAUUCCUUCCGUCGACCUCGUCGUCCAGAUCGACCCUCCCUCCGACCCAAAGACUUUCAUCCACCGCUGUGGCCGUGCCGGACGCGCCGGCCGGAAGGGUUUGAGCGUGGUUCUUCUCCACCCCGGCCGCGAGGAAGAUUACGUCUCCUUCCUCGACGUCCGCAAAACGCCUGUCGUCCACUACCCGAAGUCCAUCACCUUCUCCGACACCGAUGCCACAGCAGCCACCAAAAAGGCCCGCAAAGCCGUUCUCGCAGAUCGCACCCUUCACGAUCGCGGACAGAAGGCCUUCGUCAGCUGGCUCCGAAGCUACAGCAAGCACCAGGCCAGCAGUAUCUUCCGCGUGGCUGACGUCGACUGGGAGGCGCUGGGCAAGGCGUGGGGCCUGCUGAAGUUGCCGAAGAUGCCCGAGCUCCGGUCCUUCACAGGCGACCGGACCCUGGGCGUCACGCUGGACUGGGACAACUACACCUACAAGGACAAGCAACGGGAAAAGCGCCGGAAGGAAGAAAUGCAGGAGAGAGCCGAGCAGGCGGCGGCGAACGAAGGAGACGAAUCCUCCAACAAGCGCCGGGCCACCGACAGUGCUGCCUGGAGCAAGAACCUCGAAACGCGGAACAAGAAGCAGAAACGCAGAGAGGUGAAGCAGGCACGGGCCCAACAUACCCGGUGGGAGAAGAUGACGGAGGAAGAGCGGCAGAAGGCCCGGGAUACCGAGCAGAUGGUGGAGCAACUCCGACUGAAGAACGAAGAAGAGCGACGGCUGCGGCGUGCAGCCAAGGCCGCUGAGGGCAAGGGCGAUGCUGAUGCUGAGGAUGACGAGUUCGAGGGGUUCGAUUAA